UUUUCUGUAUUCUGGUGAAGGUGAUUUGAGACGUGUCAGUAUCCCGAGAACCGUUUUCCAUAGAGGACGACAUUACUUCGUUGCUCUGUGAUAAACGCUCGCUACGCCCUUUCUCUUAAAAAUCUCCGAUUCUAUCUCUAAACACUCUACAAAAUGCGUGAAUGUAUCUCAAUCCACGUUGGACAAGCUGGAGUUCAGAUCGGAAACGCCUGUUGGGAAUUGUACUGCCUGGAGCAUGGAAUUCAGCCUGAUGGUCGCAUGCCCUCGGACAAGGUUGCGGGUGGAAUCGAUGAUUCCUUCAGCACUUUUUUCGCUGAGUGUGGUUCGGGAAAGCACGUCCCAAGAGCUAUAUUCGUCGACUUGGAACCAACCGUUGUAGAUGAAGUUCGUACUGGCACGUACCGCUCCCUGUUUCACCCUGAGCAGCUCAUCACCGGAAAGGAGGACGCUGCUAACAACUACGCACGUGGCCACUACACCAUCGGCAAGGAAAUCGUCGAUAUUGUAUUAGAUCGUGUCCGAAAGCUGUCCGAUCAAUGCACUGGGCUUCAGGGCUUUCUCAUUUUCCAUUCCUUUGGUGGAGGCACUGGCUCGGGUUUUGCCUCAUUGCUGAUGGAACGUCUCUCAGUUGAUUACGGCAAAAAAUCCAAAUUGGAGUUUGCUAUCUACCCUGCUCCACAGGUGUCCACAGCCGUUGUCGAGCCGUACAAUUCAAUUUUGACCACCCAUACUACUUUGGAACAUUCCGAUUGCGCUUUCAUGGUCGAUAACGAAGCUAUCUAUGACAUUUGUCGUCGCAAUCUAGACAUCGAGCGUCCUAGCUACACCAAUUUGAAUCGUCUGAUUGGUCAAAUCGUCUCUUCCAUUACAGCUUCUCUUCGUUUCGAUGGCGCAUUGAACGUUGAUUUGACCGAAUUCCAGACGAACUUGGUCCCUUACCCUCGUAUCCAUUUCCCAUUGGUAACUUAUGCCCCAGUUAUUUCCGCCGAGAAAGCUUACCAUGAGCAGAAUUCUGUUGGCGAUAUUACCAAUGCUUGCUUUGAGCCUGCUAAUCAGAUGGUGAAAUGUGAUCCUCGCCAUGGUAAAUACAUGGCUUGUUGCAUGUUGUAUCGCGGUGACGUGGUUCCCAAAGAUGUCAAUGCUGCUAUUGCCACCAUUAAAACCAAGCGUUCUAUCCAGUUCGUUGAUUGGUGCCCUACUGGUUUUAAGGUUGGUAUCAACUACCAGCCACCAACUGUUGUCCCUGGCGGUGAUCUCGCCAAGGUGUCCCGUGCUGUUUGCAUGUUGUCCAACACUACUGCUAUCGCUGAAGCCUGGGCUCGUUUGGAUCACAAGUUUGACUUGAUGUAUGCUAAACGUGCUUUUGUUCACUGGUACGUUGGAGAGGGCAUGGAGGAAGGAGAGUUCUCCGAAGCCCGUGAAGAUCUCGCUGCUCUAGAGAAGGAUUACGAAGAGGUUGGUAUGGAUUCCGUCGAGGGAGAGGGAGAAGGCGGUGAUGAAUAUUAAGCGGAUGAGAUCAUUCCUUGUAAUCAAGAAAAAACAUGUACCCCUUUAACUAGUGGCAGGUGCUUGUUGCUUGCUUUCUAGCUUACACGUCUUUAUAACUGCUCUAUUUAUUUAGAGCUGUAAAGCCAAUACGAUACUUCACAAGUUAAACUCUUUGUUGGUGCUUUAUUACAUACAUACUUAAGUCUCA